UGGAUUUUCAGGGUAUUGACACCGACUCGUGCCACUUUACCUACAUAUCUCACGUUACCGGAGUUGCAGAAAGCUAAAUUGACAAUAAUAAAACAUGUGCAAACAGAAGAAAUGGGAACGGACAUAGAGUACUUACGUAAACAUGACAGAGUGGAAACAAAAAGUAAUCUUUUGAAACUAAACCCUUAUAUUGAUGAAAACAACAUUCUACGGGCAAAAGGAAGACUUAACGAAGCUAACAUUCCCUACGAGAUGAAAUUUCCGAAAAUCAUCCCAAAACAUGCACGAUUGACAACAUUGCUAAUAGAACAAGCACAUCUCCUAACAUUCCAUGGUGGUGCCCGACUCACCAUGGCUAAGCUUAAAGAACAAUAUUGGGUGAUGGGAGGAAUGAACACGGUGAAGAAACAACUUGGAAAAUGUGUCAGGUGCAAGAAAAUUGAAGGAAAGAAACAGCAACAAAUAAUGAGUGCGUUACCUGCCGCUAGAGUGAAUGAAGCCAAGCCAUUUUAUCACACAGGUGUAGACUACACAGGAUAUGUGGAUAUCAAGGCGAGCAAAGGUCGUGGCAUAAAAACAUUAAAGGGAUACAUUGCGAUUUUCGUGUGUAUGGUUACCAAGGCUGUUCAUCUGGAACUGGUGACUGAGUUAACGAGCUCAGCAUUCUUAGCUGCUUUACGAAGAAUGGCGGCCAGAAAAGGAACUCCUCGUCACAUGUAUUCUGACAACGGAACCAAUUUUGUGGGCUCGAACAACAUUCUACAAGAACAAUGGCAAGACUUACGGAACAUUUUUAACAACAGCUUUCUUUCGGAAAUUACGGAAAUGGAGAUUGAAUGGCAUUUCAAUGCCCCGUCGUGGCCCAGCGCAGGUGGCCUCUGGGAGAGGGCAGUGCGAAGUCUUAAACACCACUUAAAGAGAGUAAUAGGAGAACAGAAACUUACGUACGAAGAAUAUUCUACGAUUUUAGCGCAACUGGAGGCCUGUUUGAAUUCAAGGCCGUUAUGCCCACUAACUGAAGAUAUCGAGGACCUUGACUUUCUCACUCCAGCACACUUUUUAACAGGCCGAGCAGGGCUCACGGUAAUAGAAACAGAAGAGGACGCUAGAACGAGAUGGCACCUAACACAAAAAAUUGUUAAAGACAUUUGGAAAAAAUGGAAAUUCGAAUAUUUAAGUCAACUGUCCGCCAGACCGAAGUGGAACACACCUCAGAAGAAUCUUGAAAUAGAUGACAUGGUAGUAAUACACGACGACAACCUACCCGCGGGAAAGUGGGCCCUCGGAAGAGUUGUAAACACUCACGCCGGACCAGACGGGUAUGUUAGAGUUGUUACUCUGAAAACAAAGAAUGGACUCCUAAAGCGCCCAGUAAUAAAACUAUCUCUCUUACCAAUACCAAAGGACACCGAACAGCAAGAUAAACAAGAAUCCCAGCCUAAACAACAAACGAACAAACAGAAACCUAACAAAAAGCUCGGAUGUGCAACUACAAUAUUUAUGACAUUAAUGUACCUCAUGUCAUUAUUAACAUUGGGAAGCUGCGUUCAAGUAACUCACGUAAAUAAAACUCAAGGUCUAUACUUCGAUAACAUUGGAAACAUGCUACUCGUGAAAGAUGAAUGGAAGCUAGUAGCGUACCAGGACCUCAAUCCAUAUUGGGAAGGAAUCACGGCCUAUAAAAAGUAUAACACUCAACUAGAAAACAUUUGUAAACAAGUUAAAACAUUAACACACUGUGAUAUCGUUAUAUUGCAACUACGUCACUCUUAUGACGAAUUACAGCACUACAACCGCAUUUUAUCGAGUCAACAGUUGAAACCAGAGACCCGGAGACGGCGUGGCCUAGUUAACGGAGUUGGAAAUCUCGCAAAUACCCUGUUUGGAGUUCUGGAUGAUAGAUUUGCAGAGCAAUAUCAAAAAGACAUUGGACUAAUUAAAAACAACGAAAAGCACCUCGUCAACCUUUGGAAAAACCAGACAUCAGUAAUGGAGGCCGAAUACAACAUGUUAUUAAGAAACAAAGAUACCAUACAAAAACAACAUAAAUUGAUACACGCUCAUUUAAUUAGCUUAGAUCAAGGGACUUCCGCAUUGCAAAAAGAAGUAAGCGCCGCAGAGUGCAUGGCGCAAUUCAACAUGAUAGCGAUGGCCGCUAAUAACCUACUAAAUCACUUAACAGUUAUUCAGAAUGAUUUACUAGACACUCUUACAAACAUAUAUAACGGAAAAAUGAACAUUCACAUCAUCGACCCUAAACAAUUUCAACGAGAACUGAACAUAAUAUCCGGACAACUAGUAAGCGACUUAUCGUUACCUAUUGAUAACAUUCAAACCAAUUUGCAAGACAUCUAUCACCUAUUAAACAUUAAAGCCAAGAUGACUGACCAAUACAUGAUUAUAGAGAUCCGUAUUCCACUUGUGAGCCGAGUUAGUUAUGACUUAUACAACAUUAUACCCAUACAACACAGUACAGGAAGAAACAUGAUAUCGAUUAUCCCUAUAGAAAAAUACAUAGCUAUCAAUUUACGAAAGGAUGCCUAUUUGCCUAUAACGGAGAAGGAAAUAGAGCAAUGCAUUACUCGAGACGUGACAACAACUAUGUGCUACCUAAAAACCCCAGUUUUCAAAAUGAAUUCCGACAAAGACCUCUGCAUUAAAAAUGAAAAUUAUCAAUGCAAAAUAAACACAGCUGCUUGUCAAAACAAAUGGAUAAGUCUAUCGAAAGUGAAUCAGUACCUAUACUUCUGUUGUGACGCGUGUCAUUUGCGCACGCUAUGCAAGAGUCAAGUUACGUCUCAGACGGUAUCCCAGACGAACAUUAUUAACGUAGACGAGGAUUGCGUUGUGAAAACUGAUAACUUUACUAUUCACACGCAUCAAAAUAUGCAAAGCCAAGUUAAUGUGAAACUAAACAUACUAACACCGGAAAUAGACCCUAUAAACCACAUUAUAAAUAUAACAUUAUCUGACUACGAAAAUAGCACUAGCGAUAGCUCAUACAAUGAGGAAGAAUUAAAGGACUUAGGAAACAAAAUAAACACUAUGAAACAGAAUCAACCCCUUCUGGACAACUACUCCUCGAAUGACAUACAUCACUAUACCGCUAUAUACUGCCUAUGGGGUGUAGUGAUCAUCGGGAUAAUUAUUUAUGCGAGUCGAAAGAUGCGCGGCCACUGGAAGGUCAAAGUAGCACCACCAUCGAUAAUUACGGAACCACAAGGAGCAGCUGAUCCAGUACGUGUCGCCGGGCAGGGCCAGGCGCAGGAGCCGUCCCCCGCUCCGCGCACGCGCAGCCCUCGCGGACGCCGCGGGCUGACGCGUCAUUGCAGCGUCAGUGAUAGUGAUAAGUGCAGUGCAAAUGUGAAAAAAGUGGAAAAGUGCGAUAAACUAGAAAACAUUGAAUUAAAACAAGUGGACAGAAGUUGCUCGCCAGUGUUCCGACAAACAUCGUUUAGAAAUUAA